AAGGAACUCUGGUUCACCGUUGCACUCGAGCAAUCGCAGAAAGUAUCCAGAACACAGCAAAUCCGCCGCUGCCAUGGCUUCCCAGCUCUCCGCCAUGACCUCCGUGCCGCAGUUCCACGGCCUCAGGACCUACUCCUCGCCCAGGUCCAUGGCGGCGCUGCCGUCGUUGAGGAAGAGGUCCCAGGGCAUCCGGUGCGACUACAUCGGCUCUUCCACCAACCUUAUCAUGGUGACGACGACGACGCUGAUGCUGUUCGCCGGGCGGUUCGGGCUGGCACCGUCGGCGAACCGGAAGGCGACGGCGGGGCUGAAGCUGGAGGCCCGCGAGUCCGGGCUGCAGACUGGCGACCCGGCCGGGUUCACGCUCGCCGACACGCUCGCGUGCGGCUCCGUCGGACACAUCUUGGGCGUCGGCAUCGUGCUCGGCCUCAAGAACACCGGCGUUCUCGACCAGAUCAUCGGCUAGAAACCUUGUCCAUCGAUGGCUGUUCUAUACAUCCAUCGGGCGAUCGAUGUAAUUGUUCGAUUAAUGCUCCGAUGCUUACGUGAUGUAAUUUGAUGAUGUGAUGUACAAUGUAUGUGUGUAUGCAUCUUUUUUCUAUGGAACGUACAGCUAGAGCUUCUUCUUCA